GUCACUUUUUCUGUCAAUCCUCGCCGACUGCUGGAUUCUUUGACGUCCCGCUGUCCUCAGUUUGAGGGAGGUGACCAGCACGAUGCUCAUGAACUCUUGAGACAUCUGUUGGACUCUGUGCAUACGGAAGACUUGAGAAGGUAUCAGAAAGCGAUUUUGAAUCACAUUGGAUACAAAAAGGAUCUAGAUGAGCUGGAGGAGGACAAGAAGACAUUUGGAAAAAAGCUUAACCAGAAGGUGUGCGAGACGAUUGCGAUUAGGCCUGAUCAGAUUUUUAAGGGCUCCUUAGUCAGCAUCCUUCAGUGUGAGGUGUGCAGGCAUAUCUCUAAGCGUGAUGAACCCUUCUUGGAUCUUAGCCUCCCUGUGGCACAAGAUAAGCCUCAGCCACCAGGGGCCAAGAGGAAACAGAAUUGCAACAGUCCUGUGGAGGAAGAGCAGAAUGUGGAGGUGGUAAUGUCCAAGCAUCAGAUGAAAAAAGAGAGGAAAGCUGCACGGCGGGGAGGCAAAGGGAAAUGGAAGUGGACACAAGAAAGAUGAAAGUCAAGGAGAGCCCACCAUUGAAGAGGAAGAUAAGAAGGAUUCCUUGAAUGGAGAGCAGAGUGAUGCGGAUGUAGAAGACAAUGAAGAUAAUGGAUAUGAGGAUCAGGACCACAAGACUGAGAUAGGGGAGUCUGGGUACUGCUCAGAGAAGCAAAUGUCAGCCAGAGGAAGUCCUGU